AUGCCAGGUUGUGUGCGAGACCAGUUUUUGGAAUUUGCACAAUUCACAAGACAACAUCCACUCGGUCUUCUCAAUCCGACGGUUGAUGUUUUCAGAUGGUUGGAGGUCACACUACAGCGCUCACUGCCUGUUAACGCCCAUGGUCUGGCCAGCGGCCAUUUGGACAUUUCCAUGACUCGCAUCACUGAUAGAAAAAAUGUGCUGGUGUCAGAAUUUCAUUCCAAUGAAGACCUAAUAAAAGCACUUUUGUACAGCUGUUCUGUUCCUGUAUACUCUGGCAUGAUUCCACCACAGUAUAAACACUACAUGGAUGGAUGUUUCACAAACAUCCAGCCCUUUGAGGAUUCCUCUCCCACCCUCACCACCUCUCCAUUUGCUGAGGAGAUGGACAUCUGUCCAUCUGAUACCUCAGCCACCCUCUGUGACGUGAUCAUUCAACAGCUUUCCUUCCAGUUCUCCUUGACUAAUUUCAUCAGACUGGUAGAUGCUAUGUUCCCUCAGGACUGGAGGGUUUUGAAGAAGGCAUUCUACAGUGGAUACCAAGAUACUGUUUAUUUUUUGCAGCAGAACAAAGUAGACCAGGAAAAAGAAUGCCAGCAGAAGUCUCUGGAACACCCUGAAGAGAAGAGUGCUAAUGGAGUGUGCUUAUCAAUGGGUCCAUCCCAUAAAGAGCAGUCAGUACAUAAGAAUUCACCAGUAAAUGUUCAGGAAGUGCUGCUGUGUAAUAUCGUCGGUCAGACAGAGAUUAUGAGUAAUCCGAGUGUCUCUUUAUCUCAACGGACACUAUCACACCUGCUCUUCCUGUUCACACUGACAAUCUGGAGUACAACAACUUUCAUGGACAGGUACUGA